CUGGCUCUGGAUCCCUGCAGGGCCCCCAGACUCCUCAGUCCACCAGCAGCUCCAUGGCAGAGGGGGGAGACCUGAAGCCCCCCACCCCCGCCUCCACCCCCCAGCUGCCUCCAAUGCCCGGAGCCAGGAGUAGUGUGAGUCUGCAGGACCCUUUUGCUGACGGAGGAGACCCCGCUUUCUCCAGGAGAAACGCUCUGACCCCCAAUUCACAGGGCUAUCAACCCGGCAUGGGGGGCCCCGAGAUGAUCGCUCGAAUGGGCCCCUACGAAACAAACAAAGACCCCUUUGGUGGUAUGAGGAAAGCUGGAGAGCAGUUCAUGCAGCCGGGGCCCAACAGUGGGAUGGGAGAGCAGUAUAACAGAGGCCCCCCAGGACCAAUGGGGAACAUGCAGAUGGGCCAGAGACAACAGUACCCUUAUGGAUAUGACAGAAGGUAAAGAAUCUGAGUUAUUGG